UCAUAUUAGGACUAAAUACUGUGCACACCAAAGAUAUUACAUUCAAACGAGACAGUAAAAAAAGAAAGGAGUGGUGGUUCAAAAGGAGGCAGGGGGAACAAACCAAAAUGGAAAAUCCGUCACAGGCCCGGGUGUGGAAGUUGUUAAUGGUGAACGCUUUAUCAUGUGGCGUGGAGGCAUGCAUGGCUGCAGGAACCGUCUAUAUCCCACCUCUACUGCUGCAGGCCGGCAUGGAGGAACGCUACAUGACUAUGGUGCUCGCUUUGAGUCCAGUUCUGGGUUUGAUCUUUAUACCCAUGAUUGGCUCAGCUAGUGACUCGUGGCGAGGCCAUUUUGGUCGGCGGCGGCCGUUUAUCUGGAUGCUGAGCCUGGGGGUUUUACUGGGCCUGCAGGUCAUACCACAGGCCUGGCGCCUGGCUGUGCUGAUGUCCCCACAGCACCCUCAAUGGCUAGAAGCUGCCCUGCAGGCUGGAGGUGUGUGCCUGAUGGACUUCUGUGGACAGGCCUGUUUAACCCUGCUGGCGGCUAUGCUGUCAGACCUGUUCCCUGCAGAGGAGGAAAACCACAGAGCAUUCUCAGUUUACUCCCUGAUGACCAGCCUGGGGGGGUGCCUGGGGUUCUUCCUUCCUGCCAUGGACUGGAGCCAAGUACACAUAGCAACAUACCUGGGAGGGCAAGAGGCCUUUGUCUACGCCCUGCUCACCUUCCUCUUCCUCAGCUGCCUCUUCACCACCGCCUUUAUCCCAGAGGAGACUGGAACCAGAGGAGGAGAGGGGAAGACUGUCUCCUGCAGCUCUUUGAGAAGCUGGAGCAGCAGAUACUGCCCUCACUCGCUCCUGCUCCGGCCUCAGCGUUACCUUGUGGCGCUGGGCCGAUGUGCAUCAGCAUGUAUGUCAGUGUUCCCUCGAGUGUAUACAACGUGUGUGUGUGUGCCAGUGGUCAUCUGGAGACUGUUUGUGGCGGAGAUGUGCAGCUGGAUGGCGCUAAUGAGCGUCAUGCUCUUCUUUGCUGACUUUAUGGGGGAGGCAUUGUACCAGGGAGUUCCGAGUGCAAAGCCACAGUCACAGGAAAGAGAACACUAUGAUGAAGGUGUGCGUAUGGCCAGUCUGGGUCUCUUCCUACAGUGUGUGGUGUCGGUGCUGUGCUCUGUGCUCAUGGGCCGCUGGGUUGCUCUGCUGGGAGUCAGGGUGGUGUACAUCAGUGGCGUAGCUCUGUUGGUGUUUGCCACCAUCAUUCUGAGUGUCUCAGAAAGUGUGAUAACGGUCACCGCCAUGGUGGCUGUGACAGGAUACACACUCAGCGUCCUUCAGGUCCUGCCAUACACCCUGCUAUGUCUCUAUCACUCAGAUAUACAAGCUUUUUUCACAUCAUCCAAGCCCAGACCUCCUCAGCUUAACAAAAAUGUGGAUGUAGCAGCGCUUACUGAGCCCCUCAUCUCCUGUGGUCCAGCCACUCUUCAUGCUGAAGGCCACACAGGGGGACUGUCUUCACAUGGGGCAGAGCCCGCUGUUGGCUUGCCCCAUGUUUCACUGUUUGUGGCCCGAGGUGACACAGGUGACACGGACUGCACACCAGUCUCACAAAGAGGGAUGUGUUUUGACAUGGCGAUACUGGACAGCGCCUACCUGCUCUCACAGGUGCUGCCGGCAAUGUGCCUCGGCUCGAUAGUGCAGCUGGCUAACAGUGUGAGGGCUUACAUGGCCUCCGCCUGCUGCUUCAGCCUGCUGGCUUUACUCUGCUCUACCAGGGUUGUCUACAGCCAUGCUGACCUCCAACGCUGA